UCUGUCAGGUGCCUAGAUGCCACUCCACUACACCAGUGCUAUCGCUUUAACGGGACGGGCGGUGACGUUGGGACGGGGAUCCGGAGCAGACAGGAGGUUGCUGCAGCUGGACCGACUCCCGACCGGGACCAGAACAACACCGGCCUACAGACUAACAUCUGAUCUCACCGUGAAUCUGACACUACAGGGUUUCAAUCCACCAUGAGAGACUACUCAGCGGCUCCGAGCAACGGAGGCGCCUGCAUGCCGUGCUGCCAAGUUUGCGUCUUUGCCUUUACCGCAUUUCUCAUCGUUGCAGAGAGGACUGCGCUGAUCUAUUGCUUUGUAUACUACCUGUGGGUGGGUCACAACUACUGCUAUGCCCAUCUCGCUGGCUUCACUGCGCUGUUCCUGCUGCCAGGCUGGGGUCCUCAGUGGCUCAGUUAUCUGUGGUACCUGUCAGAUGGACGCAUCCGCAGGAAGUCUCUCACCUGGACACACAUACUGCACCUGGGUAUCUUCAAAAGGCUGUUGGAGUGCAUGUGUCUGCCAGAUGAGGAUGUAUACAGCGAGAUCAUGCAGCAGGCUGAUGUAUCAGCCUUACGUCUGUUUGAGGCGUUGGUGGUCACCCUCCCUGAGACGCUGCUGCAGACCUACGUGCUCAUCUGCACUGAUAUAGGGAUCAAAUCUCCAGCCUCGGUGUGUUUUGUGGUGUGUUUGUUAUCUCUGGCCUGGGCCUUGGUCCUCUAUGCCAGAGCCUGUUCACUCAUCAGACCAGGACACCUACAAAUGACCCCUGCUGCCAUCCUCUGCCGACUUCUGUGGAGGGUCAGUAUGUUGGGAUCUCGAUUUGCUGUUCUCAUGCUCUUCACACGUAUCUUCAAACAGUGGAUCCUGGGAGUCCUUGGUGUGCACUGGCUGGGUGCAACUUUCUGGAUGGUGUCUCAGCAGACCGACAUCAUACGUUCAACUAGUCGAUGGAGACUCUUCAACCUGGUGCUGGGAGCCAUCCACAUCUUUCUGUUCCUCAAUGUGAAGUGGGGUCAAUCCAGAUACCGCAUGGCUGGGUUCUACCUGGUCAUGUUCUUAGAGAACGCUUUGCUUCUUCUGGCCUCCUCGUGGUUGUUCACCAUGGUGUCCUGGGACACUGUGGGGAUCCCAGCUGCAGUGUUCUGUAGUUUCCUUAUCGGAGUGAUAGCAUUGGUGCUCUACUAUCGUUUCCUCCACCCCAAGUCCUUUGAGAUUUUCCAGAGUAUUCGCCACAGGGGGAUAGGUGGAGCCUGCGCUGAACGUGGAUCUACACUGUCAUUGGAGGAGAAAGUCACACCCACUUUCCAUCGCCAUGCAACACUGUCUGGAGGUGGGACCCUCAUGGAUCUCCCUAUCCAAUGGGAGGGCUGGAAACAUCACCACUGGCUGUUGAUUCGCUUGGCCAUGAAGACAGGGGAUGUCACUAAGAUCUGGACAUCGUAUGGCGAGGGGGGACUGGCUGGACUGAUGGGUCUGUCUGAGGAAGUUCACUCCCCUGAUGAACAUCAUGUCCCUCGGAUGCCAAUUGUUCAGCCGCAGGUUCCUCAGAUCUCACAACCAGCUCCUCAACCACCUCCACCACAGGUGACCCAGGCUCCACAGGUGAGAGAGGUGGUCCAACCACCAAAGCCAGCUCCCUCCACUGUGGUAGCCAGGCCAGUGAGAAAAGCUCCACCCACAACAAUCCACGAUAUAAGAAAUUUUCCAGAGAUCAUCCCGGUACGGGAGGUCAUUCCUGAAGAGAGUGCAGAAGACGAGUCCAGUGCUGCACCAUCUGAAAAAGGUGAUGAGGAGUUUCAGAGUGCUGCUUAUGGCUCACCAACACCUUCAUCCCCGCGGCAACCAAGCAGCCUUCGCCAUGUUGACAGCAACGCUGCGUCCCUGACCGAAGCCUCGUCCUCCGUAGGUUCCCUGGACAUCAAGACUCCCGGCUGGUCACCUGAGCGACGUUCCCCUCUCCUGAUUGGCUCUCCAGAGAAAAGGCCAUCACUGCCUGGAGAGUCCACCACUACGCUGUACUUCAGCGCGGAUGCACAAUCUCCCUCCAGUGGGAGCUAUCUGGGCUGGGGCUCCGAGUUGUCGCCCAUCUCCACCUACAGAAGUCCCUACCGGAUCAGGGAGGCUCGUUUUAUCACAUCGACCCCACGCCUGGAGCCUCGAUCUGAGAGUCCAGGUCCGUCUCCUGUUGUUAUCAUCCCGGCCACUCCAGGUACAACUCCGGGCCCCACCCCAGGUGGAAGCCCCGGUGCAUCGACCCCUUCUGCAUCAUCAACACCUGCAGCUUCGACUCCUGCUCCUUCAACGCCCGUUGGUUCAACUCCUGGUACUCCAAUCGUUCCACUCACUCCAGUCAUCUCCCACGCUCGCAAACAGAUGGUCCAGUUUGUGGACACUAGAGAGAGAAUGGUGUAAGGAGGGUGGAGGGUCAAGGGGAAGAACAACUGGGUGGGCAGUGGUGUCUUUUUUAGUUUAGCAGUUUAGGAUAUACAUGAAUUCAUGCAUUAAGUAACCUGGGGAAGGCUUGGCAGGGAGUGAAGGGGUCUUUUCAGCUCAGUUCAUUUGAGUCAGUCAUGGAAGAUAUUCUAUAUAAAUUCUUAUUUAUGUUUUUCUCCCUGACAUGAAGAUGCAAGGGUCAGACGUUUAGGAUGCAUAGAUAGCGCACUUGCUGGAGGAGAGUGUGAUAGUAUGAACGCCCUCAUAUGCUAUUUUGGAAAAGGUGAAAAGGAAGCAUCUGGCAAAUUCAUGUGUAGGAGGCGGGGCUAGUGGUUGUCUGCUAUCUACCGAGACCACUAGAUGAGUUAUCAGUGACAAACACGGACAUACAAGGUAAUCAGCCAUUCAAACAUGGGGGAUGGGGGGAUUCUUUCAGUUUUUUAAAACCAUUUGCUGAAAAAAAAUCACUAUUCACUACUACAGGUCAUUAUUUACAGAAAACUACAUCUGGGUUACUCCUCAAAACACAGAUACAACUUCACAGGUGCUAAUUCAUGUGGGACAUCACUUUUAUUCAUGUAGAUAAACCCUCACACUUGGUCAUUUUUUUGUGUUUUUAACUAAACACAAAAAAAUCUAAUGCAGUUAGGACUUAUUCAGGCAGUGGAGUCAUCUGGUUACCUAAUUUUUAAAGAGCAAAGUAAUUGUUAAAACAAUCAUAAUUAUUAUGAUGAUAUUUGAAUCAUGAGUUGUGAUAAAAUCUUAAGCUUAAACAAUCACGUGAAUCAAGAUGAAGUAACUUAAAUGGAAGAAUUUUCAAAAUGAACCAUUUUAUCAAACUAGUUUACAAACACCAAACAUGCUGACUUUCAUGUAACGCCACUUACCAAUGCCAGUGUCUUUUUUUCUACAUUGGUAAGUCUGAUACAAUCAAACCAAUUAUCUGUCAUAAUAAAUAAAUAAAGCAGACUUAAUGCAAAUCCAAGCAUACCUACAAAAGGCUUUGACGUUAUAAUUCUUGCAAAAGCUUACAUUUUUUUCACAAAAACCUUCAGAUGAUGUUAAACAUCCCGUCCAGUUUCCAGGAAGUCCCUCAUUCAUCCGAUCAGUCACCCACUGUGUGUACAGCUCCGUACAUUACAUCACACACAUUACAAAGAAACAGAACUCCCUUUUACACUCUGUAAAAUACUCAAAUCUAUUAAUUGAUGUCUUUAUUUUCAUGAAACUAUCAGAUAAGCAAAAGACUAAAAGCAAAGCUUUGAGGGAUUUUUUAUAGAUUAUAUGCUCUGCUUUAUGUUGCUAAUUGUAACUGCAAUAAUUCCAGUCGGCACUUUAUAGCAGAAAAGGUACAGCUCACGUAGCAUGAUGCUCUGUAGAAUACACUAUGAUUAUAACACGAGAACACGUCAAAGGGAAAUUAAGCAAUAUAGAAUAUGAAAGCAGUGUCGCGUGAUGCUUCUAUUGUAAUGCUGUUUGUUAAUGCAUUUCAUUUUAUACGUCUAUUUUUUUUAAACUUGUUGAUGGCUUGUUUUUUGUCUGUUUUAAUGAUUAUGACCUGCAGAAAUGCUUUCAGUCUUUCAAAAAAACAAGACAGACACUUUCCCCAUUUGGCCCUUUGAAGAAAUUGCAAAUAAUUGCAAACUGGUAAUUUUAGUGACAAAGAAAAGAUGAAGUACAAAAGAAGGAAAUGUCCGCAGGACACAAAUACUAAGUGUGGGUUCUUGUCUCUAACAAAGAAGAGGUAACUUUUAUGAACACCUCUGACAAUCACAGUUUGUUUCCUCUUUAACUGAUGAAAGACAGGAAGUGUACGAAUGAUGAUAAGAUACAAUCAUAGCAGCAGUUCAGUCAGGAGAGACUCAUUCUGAGUGACAGAAUUUUUAUUUACAUGAGAAUUGUGAAUAGUCUUUGGCGAACAGACUCCAUUUGUGAUGUCAUAUAUUUUACUUCCCCCAUGGAGUCUAGAUGCUGGUGGUGAUGAGAUGUAGAGGGUACUGAGGAUUUAGAUGUGAUGAGCUCAAACUGGGCACUGGAUGUGAUGACUGGAGGUGAAUGGCCUGAGAUGACAGCAGCAGAGAGGAGAGCAGAUAUAAAGUUUGACAGCAGCAGCAGCUGUUAGAGACCAUGGCAAAAUUUAAUUGGUUUAACUGGACGCCUACAUGCCUAUAAUCAGCUGACAGGAAAAAGCAGGAGUAGUGAGAUUGAGAGACAGAACUGUGAAUGAAUGAAUGAAGCAUAAAGAAAGUCUUCCUAACUGAACUUGCACUGAGCUUAAUUCCUGGUCCUGUUAAUGUGGGUUGCCAUGGCAGUAAACGUAUAUGUGCUGGGAUGGAAGUUUACUGGUAGUGUUUAUAAACUUGUGACUAAAAUUCUUAUGGUUCCAAACUGAUUUAAAUAUUUUAAUUCUUAAUUUGGCAUUCUUUCUCCUCUGCCUACAUAUUGAUUGGUAGAAGGCUUUGCUGCGUGCCGUGUCUGCUACUUUAAUUAUUAGCAUUUAGCAUAUAUUGUUAUUGUUGCCGUCCAUUUAUUCACACUGGUUUUAUUGGUUUUAUUGAGGAGCACACAGCAAACAAGCUGUUCUCAGCUUAAAGGCACAUGAAGAAACUGUGUACCUGCCUGAUGAAGAAAGUUAAAGGAAUACUUCAUCCACAAAAUUGUCAAUUGUAAUUCAGUUAGUCAUGCUGUGUUAUCUUGAAUUCGGGAAGAAAAGUUUGUUUUUCUUACAUGCCUCCAUGGAUUGAUUUGUGUUAAUCGGGUACCACAUUUAACAACAGCAAAACUACAUCAAAACAUUAGUUGGCAAACAUUCACACAAGCAGUAUAACACAGUAUAAUCCAAGUUAGUUUAUCCAGGUGUAUGCUCAGUCAGUACUUCCCACAUUUUUUGCAAACAAACAAAAACAAAAAAAAACCUUAGCACUCUGGAUUUGAAGACAGUAUAGAAAAGUUUCACUGUCAGUUUAGUAAGUAAUAGUAAGGUCUUAGCAAAAAUGGGUUUCAAUCAGGAGAGACAGAAGAAUGAAAUAAAGAUGAAGUUAAAUGUGAAAUGUCAGUGCUCAGUCUUUGGCACUUAGACACCAGAGGGAGAUUAUUUGUGAUCGUGGGAUGCCUGAGCGGCAGCAAGAUAAAUCCCCCCCAUGCAGUCCAGACACUGGUAGUGGUGGUGGUAGCUGCUGACUUUGGCUGAUGACUGCUGAGGCGAUGACUGAACUUUCGCUUGAGCUUCAUGUGUUUUUGGAAGUACUGAGCAUAUAACUGGAUAAAUGAGACUUGGAUUACACUGCAACGAGUUGUGUGAGAGUUUGUAAAUGGAUGUUUUGCUGUUGUCAAACAUCGUCCUUAAUCAGUCAGUAAAUCAGUAUGUUCACCAUUUUCCAUUGAGGCGUAAAAAUAAAUCCUCAUAAUUUAAGGUAACACAGCAUGAUUUGUUGAUCUACAAAUGGUCAUGUUGUGAGUGAGCAUAUGUAGAAACUGUGUACCUAGCUCGUGCAGAAAGUUAACCAUGUACAAUAUCAAGGUCUAUUUUACUUCCUGUAAAGAAAAAAUGUAGCAGUUCAGUUUCGUUUUGGACAAGAAAUCAUUUCCUCAGAUGCAGACAGUCCAUCUCAGUAAACAUAAAGGGGGAAAUCUAAUUCUGACAGAGUCUUAACUAAAUAUUUACAAAUUUAAAUGUCGUCAGUAUUCCCUUGUAAAGCCCACUAUACUCAUAAAUAUACGCAGUCCAUCCGCAUAUCUUUCAGUUAAACCUCCUACCUCAGUGAAACUGAAUUUCCAAGUGACAAAAAUGAUUUUAUCUUUUUAUAAUUUGUUUUGAUGAGAAUUACUCACUGUAUGACUGACAACACCUUUAAAUGCAUAAAACAUUUUUGAUAAUGUAGCUACUGGAAGGAAGGGAAUAGAUAAGGAGCAGAGGUUUAGAAUAAAAAUGUCCCUGGAACAAUGUGCUGCUAUGAAUUUAAAGUUUGGUCAACACCAGUAUUAUGUAAUGUUAUGAAUGUUAUUUAUUUGAAUAUGUUAAAUCUGAUUGUAACCAUAGAAUUAACAAUAUCAGUCUUCCAUGUAUACUUGUCUUCUAUUUUUUCUGUUUUUCUUUUUUAACUGUGCUUUAUUAUUUUAACUUUCUAAACAAAUAUAAUAGCUAUAAAGUAAGUUCUGUAUCUGUAAUGAGCAGUUAAAUGUUGUGAUAAAACAUGGGCAGAAUAUAAAUCGGUGUUUAUGGAACAAAGUGCAGAGAAAAACGCGCUGCAUCAAAGCUGUGUCAAGCUGUUAUCCACAUACCUGCUGAUAGAUAAAGGAGUCACUGCAUGUUACUAGUUCAUCCAGAGAAUUGUAUCUAUUCCUUUAGACAGAGAAAGCACUCACUGUAACUACACACACAUUACAGUACUUAACUCACAUGCUCGGAUGUAUGUGUACGCAACAGCAAUAAGCUAAUGAAAUAUAUCUUAGUGCACUAAUUAAAAUGUAUCUACACGCACAUGCUUUAGACGAUGCCUUGGCUUGAUCAUCAUGACUCAGCGCUUUGCCUUGUAGACAGACAGCUUCAGCUGCCAUGCUUGUCUUAUGAUGUGUGUAUUGCUUUGUAUUUGAACGAUAUGCUUUGCUUUGUGUACCUGACGUGUAUGAUAGUCUUCACUUGUGUUUCUAAUUUGUCUCAUUUUGUAUUUUCUUAAAAAUUUCCUUCUUUUAUAUUUGGUCACAUUUACUGUUAUGACACGCGUGGACAGCCACGGUGCAUUAUGUCAAGGUUUGUGCUGAAGUUUCACACGUGAAGUCGUUUAGAGGCAGUAUCAUAUAUUCAUUGAUGAACUGAUAUUAGUUUGCUGAUUGAGUGUGACGUCACUUAGUCACGGGAUGGCCUCCAUGUAUCAACAUGCAUCACCUCAUCUCUACAAAGGUUUCCACAGGGCAACUGUUGCUGGUUGUGGUGAGUCAGUUACUGUGCUGUUGAUGUGACAAAAUAAAAUCA